CUUGAGGAAAGUGGUCUUUCCUUCGUUGUGUUUCCGGUUUCUCUUGAAUUAAUGUUUUCUAAGAUUAUUUUGUUAAAUUAAAGUUCGUAUGGAUCGUAAACUUUUUAAUUUCAAUGUUGGAGUUCUGGGUCAUGUUGACAGUGGAAAGACUUCACUGUCAAAGGCUCUAAGUACUGUGGCAAGCACUGCCUGCUUUGACAAAAACCCUCAAAGUAAAGAAAGGGGAAUAACUCUUGAUUUGGGAUUUUCAUCCUUUACAGUAAAUAUACCCCCACAUCUUAAAGAUGACCUUGAUAACUAUGAAAAUGUUCAGUAUACAUUAGUUGAUUGUCCAGGCCAUGCAAGCCUUAUCCGUACGAUAAUUGGUGGUGCUGGUAUAAUAGAUAUGAUGAUAUUAGUAGUUGAUGUUGUAAAAGGAAUGCAGACACAGACUGCUGAAUGUUUGAUUAUAGGUGAAAUUCUGUGUGAGAAAAUGAUAGUAGUGUUAAAUAAAACAGAUAUGUUAUCACCUGAUAAAAAAGAUGCUACUAUUGAAAAGAUGAAGAAGAGAAUGUUGAAGACUUUAGAAGGAACAAGAUUUGCUGGUUGUUCUAUUGUUUGUACUGCAGCUAAACCUGGAGGUCCUGAGUCAGGCGAUGCUAGUUCAAUUGGUAUAGAAGAAUUGAUAUCAACUCUACAAACUAAUACAUACAAACCUAAACGAACUGAAACAGGACAGUUUAUAUUCUCUGUAGAUCAUUGUUUCUCUAUUAGGGGACAAGGUACUGUUAUGACUGGUACAUGUUUAAAUGGUUCAGCUUCUGUUAAUGAUAAUAUUGAAAUACCAUCAUUAUCAGUACAAAAGAAGAUCAAAUCCAUGCAAAUGUUUAAGAAACCAGUUCAAAAGAUUGUACAGGGUGAUAGAGCAGGAAUAUGUGUCACACAGUUUGAUGCUAAACUAUUAGAAAGAGGAUUAAUUUGUACUCCAGGGGCCUUACCAACAGUUCAUGCAGCAAUUAUAUCACUCAACAAAAUAUCAUAUUAUAAAGGACCUAUUGCAACUAAAUCUAAAUUUCAUAUAACUCUUGGACAUGAAACAGUCAUGGGAAAAAUUACUGUUUUUGGGGCCUUAACUAGUGACGACAAACAAGCAUCUAGUUCAGCUGAUAAUUUUGAUUUUUCUAUAGAAUAUUCUUACCAAGAUUGCUUCCUUACAAAAGAUAUGUGUGAUAAUCAAGUAGAUGUUAGUUUACCAUCAAUGCAGUAUGCUCUGAUAGAACUGGAAAAACCUGUCACAUGUGCCACAUUGUCUCUAGUGAUUGGUUCAAAAUUAGACACAGACAUCCAUUCCAAAAAUUGCCGCUUGGCUUUUCAUGGAAGAUUAUUGGAAAUUUUUACCAAACCAUCUUAUGUUCAGGAAUCUUUACCCAAACUCAAAAUAUUCAAAAUAAAAAAGCGUGAAGGUGGUAUUGAUAGAGUAGUAGAUGAAUAUUCUGUCAUUGGUAAAAAUUUGUUUAAAAAGACAACCAAUAUGGAGUUAUUUAACAAUUUAAAAAUUGAACUAUCAACUGGAGAGAAAGGUGUUAUUGAAGGUAGUUUUGGUACUAGUGGUAAAGUCAAGAUAAGAAUUCCAGCUGGUAUAUCAGAAGAUGUAAUGAACAGGUUUUCUGGACCUAAGAAGAAGAGAAAAGGUAAAGUUGGAGAUGAAGGGGUAGAAGAAGAGAAAGAUAAGACAGAUAGAGAACCUAUCAAAAUAUAUCUUAUAUUUAAAAGAUUUAUAUUUGAUCCUGAGAAAAAGAUGUUACAAACAUAACUCUUCUGUUACAUUUAUAACUCUCUGAUUAUUAUUUACAUGAUUUUACAUAGUGAUUCUAUACCUAAUUGAAAAGAACUAAAUAAUUAUUACUUUUUCUUAUGACAAAAUUACAAAACCUAAGGACUAUGGCAGAUACUUUUGGUUUUACAUGCAUUCAAAUAAGGUUUUCUAAUCUACAAAAGAAUAUUUUGCGAAUUUCAGCUUCUAUUUGCUGGUUAAAAAUGCUCCUUUCCAAGCCUGGAGAAAUAGAUAUUUUGGUUGGAUUUUAUUUCAGGUAUCAAUUUGAUUUUUUAAUGUUAGAGGCUAAUCCAAUAUUUUAUACAACUUCUAUUCUUGACAUUUACCUCCCAAUGAAAUUGUUGGUUAUUUGUUGAUAAAUUAAAUGAUUUAAAGUAAUCCAAGGACA